AUGCGAAAAAUUAUUCAAAAUUCGAUCUAUUUUAAAGAAAAAAAAUUCUCAGAAUCACAUGAACACGACAUUGGACAGGGAUCACAAUGGACCAAAUACAAGCUAGAACUGUUCCAAAUACACAUUAAAUUGAUGAUAAAAAUUCAAACCUCUUUAGAGACGUCAUGCUGUGCCAUUCUUGAAAUCAAAAAGUUUGAAACAUUAAUCAAAAGAAACAAUGAUGUGACCAAACCCAGUAAAGAUACCUAUCCAGAUGAUCUACUAGCUACAGUAUUUCAAGCUGUUAUCAAUGAUGUCAAGUUAGCACCAGCAGAUAUUGGAGAUAUUUGUAUUGGAAAUGUUGGAGAUGAGAGAGCAGCAGCAACUGCCAGAUUUGCUCAGUUCUAUAGCAACAUUCCUGAAACGGUGCCAAUCUUUACUACAAACAGACAAUGUUCUUCUGGGUUACAAGCAGUUUUGAAUGUAGCAGGUUUGUCUGAAUUAUCUGGCUUCUUAAAAGCUGUUACAGCUCUGGGUAGGCCUUUUAGUACCAACUACCCAGGUAUCAUUGACAGUUGUUGA